AUGUUUGCAGCUCAUCCAGAAUUAUUAGAUUUAUUCAAUCAUACCAAUCAAAAGAUUGGUACACAACCAUUAGCCUUAGCUAAUACAGUAUAUUUUGCUGCUGAAAAUAUUGAUCAUUUGGAUGUAUUAUUACCUCAAGUAAAACUUAUUGCUCAUAAACAUCGUGCUCUUACUGUUUUACCAGAACAUUAUCCAAUCGUUGGUAAACAUUUACUUCAAGCCAUAAGUGAAUUUUUAGGUGAUAAAGCAACACCAGCUAUUUUAAAUGCAUGGGCAGCUGCUUAUGAUAUUAUUGCUAAGGUCUUCAUCGAUUUAGAACAGCAAUUAUAUGAUGAACUUGGUCCAAAUGAACUAGAUAAAGGAUUUGUUUCAUUUAAAAUUUCCAAAAAAGAAGUAAUUGCAAGUGGACCAAUUGUAUCUCUUACAUUAGUACGGCAAGAUGGUGGAAAAAUGCAUAAUUAUCAAACAGGACAAUAUAUAACAGUUCGCAUUAAAAAAAAUGGUCAUUUUCAUAAUCGACAUUAUAGUCUUAUUCAACCAUUUGAUGGAAAAACAUAUCGUAUUGCUAUUAAAGAUGAAAAUGAUACAGAACCAAAAGGUCUUGUUUCUAAUGAAAUAAUUGAUAAUUUUAACGAAGGUGAUACAAUUUUAGCAAGCUUUCCAGCUGGUACUUUUGGUUUAGUUGAAAAUGCUGAAAACCAUUUAUUUAUUGCUGGUGGUAUUGGUAUAACUGUUCUUUCAUCUAUGAUUCAUGAAUUAUAUAAGCACGGUAAAUCAAAAAAUGCAAUAUUGAUUCAUUGUGUACCAACGAAAAAACAUGCCGCUUUUGCUAAUCAAAUGCAAACAAUUCUUUCUGAAAACCGAUAUCAUUUAUUUGAUGAAGCUGAACAAUUAGACAAAGAUCUGAUAAAGAAAAUUUUAAAAUCGAAUACACACGUAUACAUAUGUGGUCCAGUACCAUUUAUGAAUGAAAUUGAAGAUUAUUUAGCUGAAUGUGGCCAUCCACAAUCUCAUAUUCAUAUAGAAGCAUUUCAACCCACUCUUAGCGUGAUAAGAGAUGCUGUUAAAGAUGAAUCAAAGACGAAAUCAUUAUAG